AUGGAGAUGAUUAUUGUUGAUGCUGAAAUUCGGAAAGGUCCACAUGUUACUCGGAACGAGGGUCGUCAGACAAAUGAGUUUAUAACAACGAUUCUUGACAUCAGUGCAGUGCCCCGCCUAAUGUUCUCCAACGAUCAAGUGCUUAUGGCCGACCAAGAAGGACGUUUUGUACAUGGCAUGGCAAGGUUCGUCACCGUGCAACAUUUUGACAGGCGGUUAGAGGACAUUCUUAAGGUGUGGUAUGACUAUUCUGGCUACGGAGCUUCAACCGGUAAGCCUAGCGAAUCGAAUACGUACGCUGAUAUCGAAGCAGUUUACGAGUGCCUUGAAACCAAGUAUGGAGCCAGCCAAGAAGACUUGAUCUUGUAUGGGCAGUCUGUUGGGAGCGGACCAACGUUGCAUUUGGCUGCUAAGUUGCCAAGGUUGAGGGGCGUCGUCCUGCAUAGUGCAAUUCUUUCGGGUCUACGCGUUUUAUGCCACGUGAAGUUCAAUUUUUGCUUCGACAUUUAUAAGAACAUUAACAAAAUCAAGAAGGUGAAGUGCCCUGUGCUUGUGAUACAUGGCACAGAAGACGAUGUUGUCAACUGGCUUCAUGGAAAUGGAUUAUGGAAAAAGUCAAGAGAACCAUAUGAUCCUCUAUGGAUAAAAGGGGGAGGACACUGCAACCUAGAGCUUUAUCCCGACUACAUUCGCCAUCUCUGCAAGUUCAUCCAAGAAAUGGAGAACAUGACCACGAAAAUCCGCCUCAAAAGGAUUCGACAAGCUCUCGACCAACAAACAAGACCCUGUUGCUGUGCAGUUUCUUGUGACAGAUGCUGCUGCAAAGUGAAAUGCUGGCAACCAAAAUGCCCGAGACCGAGCUGUGCAAGUUGCUCAAUCCAGCUGAAAUGCCUCAAAUGCUGUAAACCCAGAUGCCCGAAAUGGCCGAAAUGCCCGAGGCUGAGGCCGAGAUGCUGCUUCAGCUGCCCCACCCUCAGCAGUUGCUCUGGUUGGAAAUGCUGCAGCUGUAUGAGUAGUUGUUUUAAAUGGAGAUGCAGCAGCUGUUUCCAAUGGAGAUGCUGUUGUGAAAGAGGGUCCUCUAAUGAGUAACAGAGAGAGAGAGAGGAAAGGAUUUUUCAAUGGUGGUUUGUAUAGAAUGCUGUGUUUGCUAACACCCCUUUUCUAAAAUUGUGCAGUAGCUUAUAGAACAAGAGGAAGAAGGUAUUUUUAUCAGAUAAAAAGAGAAUUUUUUUGGGGGGGGAGAAGAUUUUAUUUAAUGAUUAUUCCUUGUUAUUUUCAGCUCUGUUUUAGAAGAAAAUUCUGUACCAUUUGGGCAAAGUUCUCAACUUAUGAGUGCUCCCAGUUUCACAAGUCAUUAUCAUCAAUCAAUCUGUGCUAUGAUCAUAUCCAAAA